GAGGCGAGUGCGCGUGCGCGGCCCGCGCGGGCGGGAGCGCGCGCGCGCGCCCAGCCAGGCAGCCUGGGCAGCGGGUCCUGCCUGUGACAGGAGGUGGCGGCGGGUCCUCUCUGUGUCUGCUGCGGCGCCUGCUCUAGACGCCUGCGGCGGCUGCGGCGACCCAGCGGCGGGCGCGGAGAUGUGGUCCCUGGUAGUGGUUCUGCUGCUGGGCUCGGUGCGCUGCGGUUCAGCUCAACUAAUAUUUAAUGUAAUCAAAUCGGUAGAAUAUACCCUUUGCAAUCAAACCGUUGUCAUCCCAUGUUUUGUUAAUAAUGUGGAGACGAAGAACAUUACUGAAUUGUAUGUCAGAUGGAAAUUUAAAGGAGAAAACAUUUUCAUCUUUGAUGGAAGUCAGCGGAUGUCCAAGUCCAGCAGUAACUUUUCUAGUGCAAAAAUCACACCAUCAGAAUUACUGCGUGGCAUUGCCUCUUUGAAGAUGGCUAAGAGUGAUGCCGUCUUAGGAAACUACACUUGCGAAGUAACGGAAUUGAGCAGAGAAGGGGAAACCAUCAUAGAACUAAAAUAUCGUGUUGUUUCAUGGUUUUCUCCAAAUGAAAAUAUCCUCAUUGUUAUUUUCCCAGUUUUGGCUAUACUUCUGUUCUGGGGACAGUUUGGUAUUGUGACGCUUAAAUAUAAAUCCAAUUAUACGAAGGAGAAAGCCAUUUUUCUAUUAGUUGCUGGACUACUGCUCACUGUCCUUGUCAUUGUUGGAGCCUUUCUUUUCAUCCCAGGUGAAUAUUCAACAAAGAAUGCUUCGGGACUUGGUUUAAUUGUACUUCCUACAGUAAUAUUAAUAUUACUUCAUUACUGUGUAUUUAUGAUAGCUAUGGGGAUGUCCUCCUUCACCAUCAGCAUACUGAUCAUUCAGGUACUGGGCUAUGUGCUCUCUGUGGUUGGAUUCAGCCUCUGUGUCUCAGAGUGUAUCCCGGUGCAUGGUCCUCUUCUGAUUUCAGGUUUGGGUAUUAUAGCUCUAGCAGAAUUACUUGGAUUAGUUUAUAUGAAAUGUGUUGCUUCCAAUCACAGGACUAUACAACCUCCUAAGAAAGCUGUAGAGGAACCUCUUAAUGCAUUUAAAGAAUCAAAAGGGAUGAUGAAUGAUGGUCACAAUGCCCAUGGUGUAUCUGCCUUUUUGAGUAACUGAAGUGGAGUGAUGGACUCUAAUUUGGAGAGUAGUAUGACAUGAAAGAAAUACACUUGUGUUUAAGCACCAUGGCCUUGAUUCAUUGUCCUGGAGAAGAAAACAAGAAAAGUAACUGGUUUCCAUCUAUGGGAGAAAGUAAAUAAUUGACCUUUAAAUGAUUGUUACAGUUAAGUUUUUAUUCAAAGCAUUUUAAAAUUUAAUUAAUAAAUGAAUUAUGAUCUGUGUUGUGUGCCCAAUUGAUAAUCCAGGUUUUUGUUGUUAUUUUUAUUCAAUUAGGGGCAAAAGUAGAGUGGGCAACUUCCAAGAAUGAUGCCUUCCAGAUCCUGGGGCCUCUUAACUCUAGGUCACCAACUUAAAUUGGUUCAAGGUGAAAAUUUCCUGGCACUACCUUGGUUACCCAGAGCAAUCUAUGAAAACAGAGGCUUCCAUCAAACCUUAGCAAACUUUGGCACAGCCACUUUGGCUGUUAUGGUGUUAACUGAAUAAUGUCUGCCUCUUCUGGGUCAGGGGCAUAAUAUUAAGUACAGACGAGAAAUUCAUUUAGGAACAUCCGGCUGCCUACAUGGGGUAUGAUACUGCUGAGGAUCAUGGUCUUCAUUCUUGGGGGUUGCCACUCACACGUUGUCCCCUCAACAUACAGUGUACCAGACCCUUUCCAGACUGAGGGUAAUUUUGUUGAUGGAUGUUUUCUUCCUUUUUUUUUUCACAUCCCUUUACAUGCUGUCUUGUCCUCCUGUUAUUUGCUUCUGCUGUAUGAGAUGUAGCGCUUUUUCUCCUCUUUGAACAUGGUCCAGUGACACAGUAGCAUCACUUCAGAAAGGAGCCAGACUUAUUCUCAAAGAACUAUGUUCACACUUUUCAGCAGAAAUAGCGAUGGUUGUAACAUAUGUAUCCCCUCCCUCGGAUUUGAAGGCACAAUCUACAGUGUUUCUUCGCUUCUUUUCUGAUCUGGGGCAUGAAAAACCAAGAUUGAGAUUUGAACUCUGAGUCUCCUGCAUGGCAACAUGUGUGUCACCGUCAGGCCAACAGGCCGGCCCUGAACGGGUGGUUUUACUACUGUUGUAUCUGUGUUGCAUGAUAAACACUCAUCAUCUCCUCCUGUAGUCCUGCCUCAUAUUCACUUUACCCGAAGAUUGAAAAGUAAAACAAACCCACCCCCCACGUUUCCUACCCCCCAUUAGAAGAUUAACAUUCUGACAGUUGUGGUCACCUGGAGUACUUUUAGAUUAUUAGGUUUUCUUCCCUUGCGGGUGUGUGUUUGUGUGUGCACAUGUGUAAGAUAGGCACGUACCUCUUCUGUAUGGACAACAGUGAGGUACCUACGGGAGAGCAAAUGUUAAUUUCAUGCUUCUAGUGAGAACAUUUAAAAACAAAGAUCUUUAUUGGGUGGACUUCUAUUUGAUGUGAAUAGUCGAUCACUUAAAACGUUUAAAAAGUUCUAGGUAAUUUGCCAAGCUUUUUGACUGCUCACCAGUGCCCUCUAAAAAUACUGGGUUUUCUUCCUGUUUGUGUAAUAAGACAUUGCUAUUGUAGUUGCAUUAUUAAUAGUUAAUUCUUAGUCCAUUGAAUGUUCCCAUGUACCUCGUUUAUGCCAAAUUACUCGUCAUAUUUUACGUUGGGACCAAGUGGUUUGCCCAUGGCAAACCAAAAUUUAUGACCUGCUGAUGCCUCUUAGAAAAGUGAACAUACUAUGAAAACAGUUCUUUUUGAAAAAAAGAAAAAUAAAUGUUCUUCCCUAAUUGUGUUCCUGUCCAAAGUAUUAACAUGUAGAGGGAACUCUAUUCCUUUAUACAAAUUUGAUGGCUCCCACUGCUCUUCUUCCUUCUGAAAACAUUUGUAUUUUACUAAUAUAGUUUGUUAAUUUAGAAAUCAAUUCUGAUGAAAGGAGGAAAAAAGCAGAUGGACUUGAAAAAGAUCCAAACUCCUGUUCUCUAUAUGAAAUCUUAUAAUAAACUUUUUUGUGAACCAGAGUUGUACCUUUUAAUAUGUAGUCAGCUCUCAUUUAUUUGGAGCUCAGUCUUGGGACUUAUCCAUCCUUUGUGUUCUCUUUAACACUACCUGUCUUUGGAGGCAGUCCUGCCCUAGACAGCACACAGAGGUGGCAGGAGAAAGGCCAGGUAUGUUACUGUUACCCUUGCUGUUACUUGUCAACUUCUCUGGAAGAGGGACCACAGCAGCAGGCGUCCUCUUAACUUGGGCAUCGUUGGGCCAGUUCAUUCUCUUUAAAUUAGACUUGUAAUGACAGUAAGUUUUCUGUGACACCAAAUUAAAGUUGUUAGCUGUUUUGAGUAUCAAUAUUAUCUGUUACCCCCAUAAUAUGCUUUUUUAAUCAGUGAUCCCAAUUUCUGCCGUCGACUUCAGUUUUAUUUACUGUAUGUUCUCAGAGUGACAACAUUUGUCAUUUUGGCAACAAAUCAAAUUCUCUCUCCUUCAAAACAUUAUCCUCCCACCUCUGCUCCCCUUCUGGCUCUCCUUUGCGGUCUGUGCCUAUCUGGCUGCCUCUCAUCUCUUACUUAACUUUCCUAGUACUUUGUGUGUCUCUGCUUAGCUCUGUUGGGUUUUUGUCUUGCUCCUCUCAUUCAGUUUUAAAAAUUCCACCAUAAAACAAGAGCCUUUUUUCCCCUUCCUUUCUCUUCCUGCAGUGUUUGCAUACAUUAGAUGCUCACUCUGUAAAUUUGAUGAUUGAGUAGGCUGUAUUUCAGUUUCCCUAUAUUGUUAAUAGAGUGAGCCAGAAAUUUUUCUUUUUAGACAAAUUUCACAUGCUCUGAAAACCUUCAAAGGUGAUAGUUUUUUCACCUGAAAACCCUAGGUCCAAUCUGUUAAUUUUCUGAGAAUGUCAGAAUGAAAAUAAUGGGGUUAUCCCAUACUUGAGAUUAUUGUUCUUUUCAGGAUGUUGUAAUUAUUUUAGUAAGUGACCAACCAAAUUGUGAUUUGACUUAUAAUAAAGCUGAAAAAGUUGUGAGUUUAUGCUUCCUUCUCAUUAAUAAGAAUUAAGCUCUGUAUCACCUAGAUUUCUCUUGUCCUAACAUGGGUAUUCAAAAACAGACAUCUGUAGUGUAUGUAUGGAAUGGCACACCCCUUGUUUACCUGUUAUUGGAAACUAGAGAAGUGAUUGUUGGGCAACGCUUUAUCGUUAUAUUGUGUGUAAUUUGAUGAAGAUUCUGUUUAGAAACAGUCUUUCACGUGUCAUGUUUUCAGCCACUAACUGCCAUCACCCACUGGGGUCCUUUGUUAAGUCAUCUUCCAUGGCUAAUAGGGAUAAUCCAGGUAACUUUUCAAAGAUGAGCAGUGAACAGGAAGCUUUCCUGCCUUUGGCUUUUGACAGCCCUUCCUUAAUAUUUAAGAACAGCUUUCCCAUAAAUUUAGCCUUUUGAAAAGAAGAGAGCAUCUAUAAUGAACUUCUCUGUAAGGCAAUAUCAGUGGAAUCUUAAAUGUUGUUAUCAGGGUUGGUGAGAGACGGAAGCAUUUUUGUUUUUAUUAAACAGAGCAUUAUUUACAAAGAGCCAUUGUUGAGAAUUAGAUUCCACACCGUAUAAAUAUCCAUUAAAGAUUCUAAAUAAAGGAAACUCUGGUGUUGCUAUGCGUGAGAUCCUCUCCUGGGGGCUUUUUUCCAUAGCAAUUAAAGGUGUGCUAUUUGUCAGUAGCCAUUUUUUGCAGUGAUUUAAAGACCAAAGUUGUUUUACAGCUGUGUUACUGUUAAAGGUUUUCUUUUUAUAUGUAUUAAAUCAAUUUAUCACUGUUUGAAGCUUUGAAUAUCUGCAAUCUUUGCCAAGAUACUUUUUUAUUUAAAAAACAUAACUUUGUAAAUAUUACCCUGUAAUAUUAUAUAUACUUAAUAAAACAUUUUAAGCUA